AUGACUGAAUCUCCAGUAAACAUGUCACAGGGCCUAUUGACAUUCCGGGAUGUGACUAUGAACUUCUCAAAAGAGGAGUGGGAAUGCCUGGACUUUACUCAGAGGGCUUUGUACAUCGAGGUGAUGUUAGAGAAUUACAAAAACUUGCUGUUUGUGGAGAACUGCAAACUUGAUCCUGUCCAUCAACAUGUGAAGACUGAAAAGCAGUCUUAUCAGUGUGAUGAGCUUGACAAACUGCUUCAUGAUCUCUCCACAUGUGCAGUUUAUAGAACAAGUGAAACUACAGAAAACUCUAAUAACUACAGAUGCAAUAGUCACGGGGAUGCCUCUGUUGACUCAUCAAACCCAGAUAGACAUGAAAGCUUGCACACUGGAGAAGAACCUUGCAAAUCUAAAGACUGUGAGAAAUCAUUAAAUUUGUGUUCCAGCAUUACUCAAGAUCAGAUACUAUACACUACUAAGAAAGAGCAUAAGCAAGGAGAAUAUGGUGACUAUUUUGACUCUACAUAUUGUCUUUUGCAACAACCAGUCUACAUCGGUGAGACACCACACCGUUGUCAGACAUGCGCAAAAUGCUUCAGGACUUCCUCAGACCUCAGAAAACAUGAGAGAAUUCAUACAGGAAUUAAACCAUACAAGUGCAAUGUUUGUGAAAAAUCCUUUACCCAGCAUUCAAGUCUUAAAAUACACCAAAGGCUUCAUACUGGGGAGAAACCUUACAAAUGCAAAGAAUGUGGAAAGUCAUUUUGUCAGUUGUCAGGAAUUAAUAGCCAUCACAAAACACAUACAGGAGAGAAGCCUUACAAAUGUAAGGAAUGUGACAAGCCCUUUGCACAUUAUUCCAGUUUCAGGAGACAUCAGCACUCACACUUUAAAAGCCAUUACAGACUCCACACUGGAGAGAAGCUUUACAAAUGCAAUGACUGUGACAGAUCCUUUCCCCACUAUUCAUCACUGAGUAGGCAUAGGAAAGCUCAUUCUCUAGAGUUUCACAAAUGCAAAGAAUGUGGUAAGUCCUUUAUUAAAUUAUCACAGCUUAACAUGCAUUACAGAAUCCAUACUGGUGAAAGGCCUUACAAAUGUGAGAAACCUUACAAAUGUAUGGAAUGUGACAAGUCCUUUACUGAACAGUCAUAUCUUAGAAGACAUCAGAGUGUUCACACUGGAGAGAAACUUUACAGAUGUAUGGAAUGUGACAAGUCUUAUACCAGCUGCUCAUAUCUUAGAGCACAUCAGAAAAUUCAUACUGGAGAGAAACUUCCUAAGUGUAAAGACUGUGAAAUAUCCUUUAUUCAUAUUUCAAGUCUUAGAAAACAUCAGAAACUUCAUACUGGAGAGAGACCUUACAGUUGUAAGGAGUGUGACAAAUCCUUUACCAGUUGCUCAAAUCUCAGAAGACAUCAGAGUGUUCACACUGGGGAGAAACCGUACAAAUGUAUGGAAUGUGAGAAGUCCUUUUCCCAGAACUUAUAUCUUAGAGAACACCAGAGAGUUCAUACUAGAGAGAGACCUUACAGUUGUCAAAAAUGUGCCAAAUCUUUUUCCCAUUCUUGUGGUUUAAGGAAACAUCAGAAAAUUCAUACUGGGGAGAAACCCUACAAAUGUGUGGAAUGUGACAAUUCCUUUACCAGAGAUCCACAAUUUAAAAGAUAUCAGAAAACUCAUACUGGAGAGAAACAUACCAUUGUAAAUAAUGUGAUAUAG